CCCUUGUAAAUCGGGAUAUUCGUUAAAAAAAAAAAAAUCCUUUCUUCCUUAUUACUUUCGAGUCUCUAGGGUUACGGCUUGACGAACGCACGCACCUCUUCUACGCGAUUAGCUCCCUCUUCAAUUCAAUUCGCGAAUCGAAAGAACCCGAUCAAACCGAUACUAAGACCCUCUAAGCUGUUAUCAUACUUCAGCUGCCCAGAACACAACUUUGAGCAGAUUGGGGGGUUUUGACAAGGGUAGCAAUGGCUGGAGUAUUGGGUGGAGAAUGUUCAUACAAUGAGAGUGGCGUUUCCUCCUACUCCAGGAACUCCAAUGAAAACCAAGAAGAGGGUUCCCGCUGGUAUUUUGGAAGGAAAGAAAUAGAAGAAAACUCCCCGUCGAGGUUGGAUGGUAUUGACUUGAAGAAGGAAACGUACCUCCGCAAGUCUUACUGUACGUUUUUGCAGGACUUGGGCAUGAGAUUGAAAGUUCCUCAGAUUACAAUAGCUACAUCAAUAAUCUUCUGCCAUCGGUUCUUCAUUCGCCAGUCACAUGCUAGGAAUGACAGAAGGACAAUUGCUACAGUCUGCAUGUUCCUUGCUGGAAAAGUUGAAGAAACUCCAAGGCCAUUAAAAGAUGUUAUUGUUGUCUCCUACGAGAUAAUACACAAGAAGGAUCCUGCUACUGCACAGAAAAUCAAGCAAAAGGAAGUAUAUGAGCAACAAAAAGAGCUUAUACUAAGCGGAGAAAAGAUUGUACUUUCGACAUUAGGAUUUGACUUCAAUGUUUAUCAUCCUUAUAAACCAUUAGUUGAAGCCAUAAAGAAAUUUAAGGUCGCACAGAAUGCUCUGGCCCAAGUUGCAUGGAAUUUUGUUAAUGAUGGUCUGCGGACGUCACUCUGCCUGCAAUUUAAGCCUCACCACAUUGCAGCGGGUGCAAUUUUUCUUGCUGCCAAGUUCCUUAAGGUGAGAUUACCGAAUGAUGGAGAGAAGGCUUGGUGGCACGAAUUUGAUGUCACACCUCGACAACUGGAGGAUGUUAGCAACCAAAUGCUUGAGCUCUAUGAGCAAAACCGUGUCCCUGCAUCUCAAGGAAGCGAGGUGGAAAGUAGUGUCGGUGGAGGAUCGGGUCAUCACGGUGGUUCUAGGGCAAUAUCAGCACGUCCAGCUCAUGAACAUUCAAAAUCAGAUAGUCAUGGAGGCUCGUCAAAAGUUACAGAAAACCAGAGGAAAGAUAAUGGGAGUGGUGAGGCAGGUAGUGUCAUUACCGAGCAUACAGAAAACCAUCCAGCCGAUAAGUCUAGACCGGGAGUUGAGGAACCUGGGAAGGACAACACAGAGAGUAUAGUUGCACGUCCUCCGGAUGAUAGCGUCGCUCGUGAUAAAUCUAGAAGCGUUAUUACAAGUGAUGUUCCGGUCAGCCAAUCGCCGAAAGACAUAAAAUUGCUUAGAGAUAAGGUGAAGGCUAAACUAGAGGCUAAGAAGCUCCAAGGGGAAAGGACGAGGAAAAAGGAUGUGAUAGAUGAGGAUGAUUUGAUCGAGAGAGAACUUGAAGAUGUUGAAUUAGCUGUUGACGAUGACAAAGAUAACCAGAAGAACUCCAAAACCAAUCAUAUGGAUAGAGAACACGGCGAGCUUCUUGAUGGAAAGAACUUGGUGGGCAAUACCGAGGAAGGUGAAAUGGUUGAUGAUGUUUCUUUGACAUUGCCUAGCCGGAAGCGGAAAAUGGAAAGCCCUUGUGAAAAUCAGUUAGGAGAAGGAAAGAGGCAACACAACGACAACAGUGAGAUUGUUGAAGAAGGUCACAAGACAAGCCGAGAAGGAAGUAGCCAUAAUAGUCAUGGUGACCGAGAGCUAAAAAGACACUCCCAAGAGAGGUAAAUGGUCUCUGUGUUUUCACCAUCUCAUGAGUCUCUAAGAGACAUUUAGAAAAAAAAACUUUUGAUUCCCAGCCAUGGUGCAAACGAACUCAGUGUAUUUAUCACACUUCUUUUUUUUUUUUUUGGGCACUUGUACUAUACAAUCCAACGGUUGAGAAACAAAACCGGGUUUCCAUUGAUCAGAAACCUCUCUUAGGUUAGAAACUCUAUAGUUUUGAUAUUUGUUUUCAUUCCUUUUCAUAAUAUAGGGAAGCGAGGAUCUCUUGAUGAA